AUGAGCUUCAAGAGACGGUCUGGAGGGCAGCAGACGGUGAUCCCCGCGGGGCUCGGGUACGGGGACAUCCAGCAGGUGUCGCAGUUGCAAGCGCAGAUCUCUGAGGUCCCGCAGGUGCCUCUCCCAGUGAACAGUAUCAUGACGACGCGGACUGAACAACGUGUUGCCAAAUGGUACGCCCUGCAGCAUGCGACGCUCAGGGACUCUGUGUUCUUCUCUGAUACCCGUGGGGGGAGUGUCACUACGGGUGCUCCCAUUGUUGCGAGGUACAGCGACAGGUACCUCCGGCAACGGUCCGCAGACGAACUGUCCCUCGAUAACCACCCGUUCAACUUGAUGCUGUUCCCGACGGAGCUGCAUGGGGUGAUGGGCGGGAGGGACAAGAAGCGGCUGCUCAAGUUGCAACAGAGGCAGCAGCAGUUGCAAGAGCAACAGCAGCAGCAACAAGGUAUUGGACAAGACGGGGAUCCCUCUGAGGAGGAACUCGGAAGGUCCAUGCUCGAGAAGUUGAAGGAAUUGGCAGAGGAGGUCGAGGAGGAGAGUGUUCUCGCCGGCUCGGGGGAUCCCUCAGGUGUCAACGGCACCGCUGCCACGGAGAAGACCUUAGGAGCACCGCCGCAGGAGAUUGAGGACGAGGACUUCGAGGACAGCGACGACGACGACGACAACGACGACUACAACGCGGAGAAGUACUUCAACGACGGAGACGACGACGACGACGGCGCGGGGGACGACGACGGGUACGGAGACGAACCGGCAUUCUAA